AUGGCCAACGCUCAGGUGGUGUGUCGCGAGCUGCAGUGCGGUUCCGCACUGGCCAUCCGGAAAGCCGCGUACUAUGGCCAGGCCAAGGACCGAAUCUGGCUGGAUGACGUGCAGUGCACCGGAAGCGAACUGUCCAUCCUCAAGUGCCAGCAUAGGCCCUUGGGGGAGAACAACUGCGGUCACAGCGAAGAUGCCGGUGUGGUCUGCUCGGAUCACGUGCGAGUGAUCAACGGAAGCAAUCGGUGUAACGGCCGACUGGAGCUCUUCCUGGACGGCCACUGGAACAAAGUGUGUGCUGACCUGGGCGUGCCCGAAUCCAAGGUGGUGUGCAAGGAGCUCAACUGUGGAAAUCCUCUGUUUUCAACUGAAAACCUGUAUUUUGGAGAAUCGCGCGACCUCUUAGGUGUGAAAACCACCUGUUCGGGCAACGAGAGCUCCAUCUCGCAAUGCUCGCACAAGUCCAUCAGAGACCACUGCGUUGAUGCCACUGCUUCCUGCUACAACAGCCAACCCAUUCGUCUGGUCAACGGGACCAACCGCUGCUCGGGGCGAGUGGAGCUCUUGUACUCGGACCAGUGGGGGACGGUGUGCGACGACAAAUGGGGUAUCCAGGAGGCGACCGUGGCAUGCCGCGAGAUGGGCUGUGGGGCUCCCCUGGAAGUCAAGUACAAGGCCUUCUUUGGCAGCGGCGACGACGAAACGUGGCUGGACGAUUUGGGGUGCACAGGCCAGGAGAAGUCGCUAAGUGAGUGCUCGCACAGAGGAUUCGGGGAGCACGACUGCAACCAUAGCGAGGAUGCCGGCGUCAUAUGUUCAGAAACACUCCGACUGACCAACGGGACCACACUCUGCUCGGGCCGCCUGGAGGUCCGCCACAACAACGAGUGGGGCAAGUUGUGUGAUCACAACUGGGGCACCAAGGAGGCCAUCAUGGUAUGUCAGGAGCUCAACUGCGGAGGUCUUUCCAAAUCCAUCGAGUACUUCGGCGAAAGCCAGCUCAGGAAAUACAGGGGGACCUGUCCGAGUGGUGCCACCUCAUUCUCUCAGUGCAGCGUCCAGGAAACCGCCGAGAAGUGCCAAGGGGUUUCGCUUUCAUGUGUGGGCACUCCCACAGUACGGCUCGUCAACGGCACGGACCGAUGCUCGGGCCGAGUGGAAUUCUACCACGACGGCUUUUGGGGGACGGUGUGUGACGACUCGUGGGACAUCCGAGACGCUCAAGUGGUGUGCCGAACCAUGGACUGCGGCACGGCCAUGACGGCCAAAUCAGGUGCCUAUUUUGGCGAAGGCGCGGGAGAAAUCUGGCUGGAUGACGUGGAAUGCGUGGGCAACGAGUCGUCUUUGAGCAACUGCGCGCAUUCAUCCUUCGGCGAUAACAACUGCAAUCACGGCGAAGACGCUGCAGUGAUGUGCUCAGCAACCAUCAGACUGAUAAAUGGUACCAACCAGUGUUCGGGGCGGGUGGAGGUCCACCACCAAGGCCACUGGUGGUCGGUGUUCAACGCCCAGUGGGGGCUGCAUGAAGUGGGAGUGGUGUGCCGGGAGAUGCACUGCGGCGAUCCCGUGAAGGUGUCGGGCUCUUUCGGGCAAAGUGGUGCCGUAAGUGGGUACAAGAUUGGCUGCAACGGGAGGGAGACUUCAAUCACGCAGUGCUCAUUGCGGGAGUAUGUUCGAAGUGGCCACGAUCUCGUCGAGGAGGCAUCUGUCCAAUGCUCGGGCAACGUGAGGUUGACCGGUGGCCACAACCGUUGUAUUGGGAGGGUGGAGUUCUACAACAAUGGCCGCUGGGGGGACGUCUGCAGUGAAAUGUGGGACAGUAGUGAUGCGGCGGUGGUGUGCAAGCAACUGAAUUGCGGCACUGUCCAUAAGAUCACUUCAGGGAUGGAGUACGGCCACGGCUCGGGACACGUCUGGAUCGAGCAGAUCGAAUGCAGCGGGAUGGAGUCCACGUUGGCGCAGUGCGCGCAAAGUUCCUUCCAGGAGAGAUCGUGCAACACCACGUCACUCGCCGGUGUCAUCUGCUCAGAAAGCUUGGAAGUGCGCUUGGUGAACAGUGACGUUGAGUGCACGGGCAGAGUGGAGGUCCAGCACGACAACGUGUGGCACUCGGUGUGCGACGACCACUGGGACCUUGCUAAAUCCGACUUGGUGUGCGAUCAUUUGCAGUGCGGCCGCGUGAUGAGCGUCCAUGGCGGCGCCCAUUACGGCCAAAGCAGUGGGCCCGUGGUGGAGGCCAGUGAUGCCUGUUUCGCCAAUGCCACCACUCUUCACCAGUGCUCGUUCAAGGGUUUCACCAGGUCGACGUGCAAGCAUGAUCAUGACGUGGGUGUUUCUUGUGCAGGUGAAGCAAUUCGUACAAUCAUACAUAGUCACACCUUGACUGAGGAGUGCCUCAAGUUUUUCGAGUAA